AUGUGCCGACGUCCCUGUCCGCUCGGUGUGCUCGUGGCCAAGAAGGACUUCAACCUUCCCAAGCAUGGCGACAUUGACACCAAGAACCUCUACGUGAUCAAGGCCUGCCAGUCCCUGAACUCCCGCGGCUACGUCAAGACCCAGUUCUCGUGGCAGUACUACUACUACACCCUCACCCCCGAGGGUCUUGACUACCUCCGCGAGUGGCUCCACCUCCCCGCCGAGGUUGUCCCCGCCACCCACAUCAAGCAGCAGCGUUCCCACGCUCCCCCUCGUGGCAUGAUGGGCGGUGAGGAGCGUGAGCGCCGUCCCCGUGCUCCCCGUGAGGGUGGCUACCGCCGCCGCGACCAGGAGAAGGAGGGUGGCGCCCCCGGCGAGUUCAACCCCAACUUCCGUGGUGGUUUCGGCCGUGGCCGUGGCGCCCCCUCUGCUUAA